AUGCUCAAACUAUUGAUAUUAUUUCAGUGUCCAGUGGUUUGCUUGAGGCUUCUCAGAAUUCUAGUUGCUAUUUUAUUCCUUGCUCAUACUGGCUCUAGGAUUUUAUUCAAUAUUAAUGUCAGCGUGUUUAUCGUUUCAGCUUGUAAAUCGCCCGUGUCCUUGAAAAAAUGGACUCGUGGUUUGAUUGAAAGUUUGAGCAAAUCUGCACUACUUUCUCGUAGUUUGUCGAAAUCUCCGAGUUCUGAAACUACAGCACCCAGUGAUUCUAGGAAGUCUCCCUUAAUGCCCACUGGAAAAGUUAAACUUUUUCAAGGCUUUUCAAAACGGAGGUUGUCGGCUAAACUCGUGCCUCCUCCAUGUGUUUGUCUUCCUCGGACGGCGUCUACACUCGAGCUUAUGACUGGUGAAGGAACUUCCACUGCUAUUUCAAAUAGCGGAUCAAAAUCAUCUUCAUCGCCUUCCCCUUCUCUUCAGAAAGAAAUCGGUAGUGCAAAUCUGAGUCUUGAUAAAUCCAAUUCGGAAUCCGGAACUUCUAAAAUGUCGAGCAUUGAUCGGUUUCCUUCCUUCUCCGGUACUAUCGAAAUCAUCUUUUGCUUUAAACGUGGUUGCUUGGUUAAUUUUUCACAUGAGCUCUUCAACAUUUCAGCCCCACAAAUGUCAAGAAGUGUCUCAAUUCUUGGCCUAAGAUCUCUUGAAACGAUGUGGAAUUCACGAAAGACUUCCCUGGUCAACGGCAAGAGAACGCAAGGUGCAGACGAUUCAAAGACAUCAGAAUCCGAAGCGUAUACUCAAUUGCUCCUGUCCACUCUCGGCCGUGAUCGUGAAUACGCCACCAAUAUGUUCAGGCGCCUUCAGCGUCGUGAUUUCGCUUAUACUACACCCGAGGCUUUGUUAGAAGAACUCAACGGUGUGAGUGAGACAGAAGAGGAAAAAACUAAAAAGAAGAGUCACUCCUUGAAACGUGGAUCUGUCUUUAAAGUUCCACACCUGCCACAUCCUUCAAAAAAUCUGAUCACCGGCGGUUCGGCUGUGGUUAACGCAGCUUCUGGACUAAUUAAGAUGGGUGAAACUAUGAUGAAGAGCUUCCAGAAACAGAAAGAUGAUUCAGUUAAGAUUGUAAAGAAGAACUCAGCUGCAACACUGAGUAUUCGACGGGGAAAGAAGAAUCUUUCCGGGUUGAUGGAACGUCAUUCGAUUGCUGGAAUUGAAAACUUAGGCUCUAGAAUGACAAUUGGGAGCUCGAUUUCGAAUACCCCUGUCGAAACACUGAAUUCACGAGGUGGGUGGAUCUCUCGACAACCGUCCUACUUGUCGGAUUGCGUAUCGUCAUCGUCGAAUACUGGACCUGCCGGUGAAUCAACACCAUCUUCACUG